GCAUUUCCCAGAAGCCCCAGCGCCGGGAAGGAGUUUGCAGCUGCUCGGUCAUCGUGCGGCCCGACGCGAGCCCGCGCUGGUGUGCAGGCCCGGCUCUGUGCCUGGUCUCUGGUGUGAGGGUUUAGGCGAGGCCCCUGCCUCGGUCCCCGGACUAGGCCGCGACCCCGGGCGCCAUGAAGCAGGAGGGCUCGGCCCGGCGCCGAGGCGCCGACAAGGCAAAGCCGCCGCCGGGAGGGGAACAAGAACCGCCGCCGCCCGCCCCCCAGGAUGUGGAGAUGAAAGAGGAGGCAGCAGCAGGGAGCGGCUCAACGGGGGAGGGAGACGGCAAGGCAGCGGCGACCGAGCACUCCCAGCGAGAGCUGGACACUGUCACCUUGGAAGAUAUCAAGGAGCACGUGAAACAGCUAGAGAAGGCUGUUUCGGGCAAGGAGCCUCGGUUUGUGCUGAGGGCGCUGCGGAUGCUGCCGUCCACAUCACGCCGCCUCAACCACUAUGUUCUCUAUAAGGCCGUGCAUGGCUUCUUCACCUCCAAUAAUGCCACUCGAGACUUCCUGCUGCCCUUCCUAGAAGAACCCAUGGACACAGAAGCCGAUCUACAGUUCCGUCCACGUACAGGAAAAGCUGCAUCAGCACCUCUUCUACCUGAAGUGGAAGCUUAUCUCCAGCUGCUCAUGGUCAUCUUCCUAAUGAACAGCAAACGCUACAAAGAGGCCCAGAAAAUCUCUGAUGAUCUGAUGCAGAAGAUCAGCACUCAGAACCGCCGAGCCCUGGACCUUGUAGCUGCAAAGUGUUAUUAUUAUCACGCCCGAGUCUAUGAGUUCCUGGACAAGCUGGAUGUGGUACGCAGUUUCUUGCAUGCCCGGCUCCGGACAGCCACCCUCCGGCAUGAUGCAGACGGACAGGCUACCUUAUUGAACCUCUUGCUUCGGAAUUACCUACACUACAGCUUGUAUGACCAGGCUGAGAAACUAGUAUCCAAGUCUGUCUUCCCCGAACAGGCUAACAACAAUGAGUGGGCCAGGUACCUCUACUACACAGGCCGAAUCAAAGCUAUCCAGCUGGAGUACUCUGAGGCCCGGAGGACGAUGACCAAUGCCCUGCGCAAGGCCCCACAGCACACAGCUGUCGGCUUCAAACAGACGGUGCACAAGCUUCUGAUUGUGGUGGAGCUCCUGCUGGGGGAGAUCCCAGACCGCCUGCAGUUCCGGCAGCCCUCCCUCAAACGCUCUCUCAUGCCCUACUUCCUCCUCACCCAAGCUGUUAGGACAGGAAAUCUUGCCAAGUUCAACCAAGUCCUGGAUCAGUUUGGGGAGAAGUUUCAAACAGACGGGACCUACACCCUAAUUAUCCGACUGCGACACAAUGUGAUUAAGACAGGUGUGCGCAUGAUCAGCCUCUCCUAUUCCCGUAUCUCCCUGGCGGACAUUGCCCAGAAGCUGCAGCUGGAUAGCCCAGAAGAUGCAGAGUUCAUUGUCGCCAAGGCCAUCCGGGACGGUGUCAUUGAGGCCAGCAUCAAUCAUGAGAAGGGCUACGUUCAAUCCAAAGAGAUGAUUGAUAUCUACUCUACCCGGGAACCCCAGCUAGCCUUCCACCAGCGCAUUUCCUUCUGCCUGGACAUCCACAACAUGUCUGUCAAGGCCAUGCGCUUUCCUCCCAAAUCCUACAACAAGGACCUGGAGUCGGCAGAGGAACGGCGUGAGCGGGAGCAGCAGGAUUUGGAGUUUGCCAAGGAGAUGGCGGAGGAUGAUGACGACAGCUUCCCUUGAGCCGGGGCCUGGGGAGGGGUGGGCUGAGUGGAGACUGGCUUUUGUCUUUUCCCUCAGGGGUCCCCUGCCCGGGAACCUGGCCUCCUUUUCCCACACACAGCUCAGACUGCAUAUGUGCUGUGCGGGAGGGUCAGGGAUGCCGGGAGCCAACUCUUCCCUCUUGUUGCCACGCCUCUCUGUAGCUGGUGACAAUACACUGUGGGCAGAACGGGUGGCAGUCUCCUGGAGGCAGGGUCCUGCCUCAUGGUGGUGUGGGCAGCAGGAGGGACGGACAGAACCGUGGAUUAGGGUGUGGACUAAGGCCUGAGGUUGGGACAUGUUGGGUUGUAUGUUUUUGAAGCUUCAAUUAUGAUUUUUAAACAAUAAAAAGUUCUCCAAAGCUC